AUGUCUGCUGGUCACUCUGAGCCGCAGGUGCUCUAUAGUGUCAACAACAUCUCUGCAUUUGCCGUCCAGAAUGGAGAGGAACAUCUGAUCACAACAUCAGGCCCUCAGACUUUGUCACUAUUGAUGGUGCCCACUGCAUCUCCAUUCGCCGACUUGUCAACCACAGAACCGACCAGCGCGGUGCCUGAAGAAGACUUCUACCUCCACCUCCACCUACCUCCAGAGCUAGAUCUGCCUCUGCCUGCGACCACUCAGAUCUAUCACAAACCUCCCAGCAGUUACCUGAUUCCGCGCUGGGACCUGGGACCCGAUGCCGGCGCAUUCAUCCGGCUCCAAUUCCCUUCUAUAGGCAGCGGGCCGGGAAAGGUGACCCAAGACGAGAUAGAUACGUUUGAGACCAUUCUCGCUCAGUGUACAGCGUUCCUCGAGCGAGUGAAAAGCACACCUCCGGGCUUUGAGCGUUACGACCCUAGCAAUUAUCGACCUGGAGAGGGCUACAUCGGAACGCCGAAGCCUGAAAAAGAUCACUCUCAACAACAUGGCCAAAUUGUGCUUGUCGACGAAGAGAAUGGAAGCGUAAUUGGCGAGCUGCAAGACAAUUACACUGUGGUGGAGGAAGCAUCAGUGCGGCCUGGAUCGAAGACCCCUGUCCAGAUACAGCUACCUGUCGAAGGGCAGGGUAACCAGAUCCGAGUCGAUAACGUUUCUGAAGAUUAUCUUGCCAUAUCGAAACAUCCUGCCUAUGCGAAAUCAAGAGUGGUGCAGACCUCUGCAACAGCCUCGAGGCUCAUUGUGACGAGUUCUACGUACUUGGCCAAUAGGCUGUCAUCGGGGGCAGAUUCAUUCCAGAAGAACACCCAGCCUAAUCCCAAGCCUAUGACAUUCUCUCCCGCCACUCACGCGCGCAUUCGACAGAUCCACACCUUCACGCAGGGCGCUGUCGGUCUCAGUGCGAAGACGGUGGGUCAGUUGGGCAGAUAUGCGCAGAAUUUUGGCGCAUCGCUCACGCGAAAGGGGGAGAAGAGCAAAAAAGAAAUGGGGAAGGACUACAAACCUGGCAUUCUCAACAAAUCCAUGAUUGCUUUCUCUACCAUCGCUGAUGGCAUCGAUCAGGCAGGUCGCAACCUAUUAGCUUCCAGCUCCGCGGCCGCGACCAAUGUCGUGAGCCACAAGUACGGCAAGGAGGCCGGCCUGGUCGCGCAAGGCCUGGCGGGUGGUGUCAAGAAUGUGGGCCUUGUUUAUAUCGACGCGAUGGGAGUGUCCCGUCGAGCAGUCAUCAAGUCGGUGGCGAAGGGCAUGGUGGUCGGUCGGAUGCCAAAUGGGCAGCAACUCGUGGUUGGCUCAGGUGAUGGCGGUGUUGUGCCCGCCGAAGCAUAUAUGCCCGACGAAAAGCAGAACGGUCAUUAUUCCUCCCCCUAUUCGGGCGCGGGCCAGGGAGGUUAUGGGGUGGGAAGUUACGGCAAUGCGGCCAAUGCGCCGCCAUCAUAUCCUUCGGGAGUCGGUGAACCGUUAGGGUCAACGCUGCAGGGACAGAACGUGCGAGAGAAGAGAUGA